AUGACUUUCAAUGCGGCUGCAGCGGCUGCAGCGGCGAACAUGACUGCCGCGGCAUACCUGAAAGCGGGUCCCUACUCGAUGCCGUUAUCCGGCGGUGCGAAUGGUUUCUGUCAGUCGAUGAUGCCUUUUUCGACCAACUCCUUGCCACGUAAACAGAGACGGGAACGAACGACUUUCUCACGCGCUCAGCUGGACAUCCUUGAAAACCUAUUCCUCAAGACUCGAUACCCGGACAUUUUCCUUCGCGAAGAAGUGGCUCUAAAGAUCGGUCUUCCAGAAUCACGUGUUCAAGUUUGGUUCAAAAAUCGAAGAGCAAAGGCAAGGCAGCGCGCUCAGAUGAAUUCUUUGGUGAAAAAAGAACCAAGCUCUCCGGUCAAGUCCUCUUCGCCAUCGUCCACUAACAGUCUUGAGAACAAGAAGCCAUCACGACAACUCACAAUAACAACGUCCACCGCCCCUACCAACGCAGACAUGGCCAACUCUACCAUCGUGACAAAAGGGAACCACCUCACUCAUCAUCAGGAGAUGAUGAUGGCGGCAAGCACUAUUUUCAAGCAAGAACCAACGUCGUUUUACGGUUACAGUCAGAUGGGGCAAAAUUCGUUCCUCACCAGUCCCCAGGCAGGGGCUGCAGCGAACUUUGCAUCGUCACCCAUGUGGACCCCAGCCUUGCCGCAGGACACUAGUUGUUCGGUGCUUCAGCCACGAACGAUGUCUGGCAAUCGAAUGGCCGCUUACUCCGUCAGUCCCGCACAAAAUAUGUAUUUGACGCCCCCGUAUAAUACGUCAUAUCCGCAGCCAACUUACUACGGCAGCAGCUUUGGCCCAGUCGACUUCAUGCAGCAUUUCAACAACGGUCCAAACCCG